GUUUGCCGCCAGAAUAUAGGUGUCGGUGAAAACCAUCGCAGAAACCUAAGCCAAAAUGGGAAAGGAGAAGACCCAUAUCAACAUCGUCGUCAUUGGACACGUCGAUUCUGGCAAGUCCACCACAACUGGUCACCUGAUCUACAAAUGUGGUGGGAUCGACAAGAGAACCAUCGAAAAAUUCGAGAAGGAAGCUGCUGAGAUGGGAAAGGGCUCCUUCAAGUAUGCCUGGGUCUUGGAUAAGCUGAAAGCCGAACGGGAACGUGGCAUCACCAUUGAUAUUUCCCUGUGGAAAUUUGAGACCAGCAAGUACUAUGUGACCAUCAUCGAUGCCCCUGGACACAGAGACUUCAUUAAAAACAUGAUUACAGGAACAUCA